GAGACUGGGUGCGACAGCCUGGAUCCGAAGCUGUGUUGAGUCAACAUGAGAACACAUCACUUCUUCGCCACUUUCAUCCUGACUAUCAGCCUGGGUAUCCUCCACCUUGCCCAAGGGAAAGUGUGUGAACCCAACCCAUGUGAGAACGGAGGCACCUGCAUGACAGGGUUGGCAGAUGAAUCUUUCUCAUGUGAGUGUCCUGAUGGAUUCACAGGUCCCAACUGUUCUAGUAUUGUGGAGGUUGCUGCAGAUGGAGAGGAGUCAACUACAGCAGGAGCUUGUCAACCCAAUCCAUGUCAUAAUGGCGGGAUUUGUGAAGUGAGUGACACUUACCGAGGUGACACAUUUAUCGGAUACAUCUGCAGGUGUCCUGAUGGAUUCAGUGGAAUUCAUUGUCAGCAUAAUAUAAAUGAAUGUGAGUUUGAGCCAUGUAGAAAUGGCGGUAUUUGUACUGACCUCAUUGCAAACUAUUCCUGCGAGUGUCCAGGAGAAUUCAUGGGCAGAAACUGCCAGUACAAAUGUUCAGGACCACUAGGGAUGGAGGGAGGGAUUAUAUCCAACCAGCAGAUUUCAGCAUCCUCAACACACCGCGCUCUGUUUGGCCUGCAGAAGUGGUACCCAUACUAUGCCAGACUGAAUAAAAAAGGUCUUGUAAAUGCUUGGACUGCCGCAGAGAAUGACAGAUGGCCAUGGAUUCAGAUUAACCUGCAACGCACUAUGAGAGUCACAGGAUUGAUUAGCCAAGGUGCUAAGAGACUUGGCAGCCCAGAGUAUGUGAAAUCAUACAAGAUUGCUUACAGCAGUGAUGGCAAAACCUGGACUACUUACAAAGUAAAAGGCACCUAUGAGGACAUGGUUUUCCGUGGGAAUGUCGAUAACAACUCUCCACAUGCAAAUUCAUUUAAUCCUCCUAUAGAGGCCCAGUACAUACGACUGUAUCCUCAGGUCUGUAGGAGACACUGUACAUUGAGGAUGGAGCUGCUUGGCUGCGAAAUGUCAGGCUGUUCAGAGCCUCUGGGGAUGAAGUCAGGACAUAUCCAAGAUUAUCAGAUUACUGCUUCCAAUAUCUUUAGGACCCUAAAUAUGGAUAUGUUUACGUGGGAACCCUGUAAAGCUCGGCUGGAUAAACAAGGAAAGAUCAACGCUUGGACGUCAGGACGUAGUGACCAGUCGCAGUGGCUGCAGAUUGAUCUGCUUGUUCCAACGAAAGUGACUGGUAUAAUCACCCAGGGUGCAAAAGAUUUUGGGCACAUACAAUUUGUGGGUUCGUACAAGAUAGCCUACAGUAAUGAUGGAAGGAACUGGUCUAUUUAUAAAGAUGUAAAACAACGAAAGGAUAAGGUUUUCCAAGGUAAUUUUGAUAAUGAUACACACAGAAAAAAUGUAAUAGAUCCUCCUAUUUACGCACAAUAUAUUAGGAUCUUGCCCUGGUCAUGGUACGGCAGAAUCACUCUGCGGACGGAGUUACUGGGAUGCACCGAAGAGUGAAGAAUACUGGCUACUGUUAAGAAAGUUAUCACCGUCCUUGGAAUAUCUCAACAAAAACUGCACAAACCUGUAAGAUAUUAAAGGGUUUUCAUGAACAAAUGUUCAGUUUAUGAUAGGAAUGAGUCAAGUUAGCUGAUCAAGGCCUGCCCUUUAUCAGAUUUUAAAAUGGUGAUUUUUUUUCCUUAAAAGUUUAUUUUCAUGUUUUUUGUUAAUUUAUACAUAAUGAAAUAGACCUUUAUGAUUGCAGACCUUUUGACCCCCUCCCUCCACCCCCAAAGUUUGAUUGACAUGCCUAGGACUAAAAUCGUUAAUCAUUAUUGCAGAUGCUAAUAUUGUCUCUUAUUUAUUAUAAAGAUUUUUUCUCUCUGGCUCCUAAGAGUAAUAUGCUUUUCAAUAGUCCAGUUUCAGUUUAUCUUUGUCGUUAUAGUUCCAGACAUUAAAACGAUUAAUUGAGCACUGAUGAAGCUUUUGUUUAUCAAAUUGUGCAUGUCACACAUUGUAAGAGACUGACAAUCCCUUUCAAGGUGCCAUUUUUCCCACAUGCAUGAAAUUAUGCUUACAAACCUUCCUACUUAUAAACUUCCUGAUGAAAAUGUAUGUCUUGGACAUGUAAUUAAAAUGCAAAUGGAGAAAACCAGUAAAAGCAUAUUACGUUACUGUAAUAUACAAAAAUAAUUAGACAAAGUUUGUGACCCUGAAGAUACAAGGACAAUAAACUCAUGAAUGUACAAGACCAUAAAUGCUAAUGCGUGGGUACCCGUCAACUACUUUUUGUUUGGGGUAGAUGUAAAAGUUCCAUUUCCAGCUUAAAUUAUUCAGUCACAAAUUUUAUUUUUCAUGAAAAGAGAAGCACUUGCUGUCUAGGAGAAAUAUAAGGAAAAAUAAAUGAUUCUUAACUGUGGACUUAAAAUUGAGAGAGCUGUUGAAACAUGAGUUGUCUGCCCACCCUCAAUCUAUUCAGUUCUGUUAUGAUUUAGAUAAAUGUAAAAUGACCUUUGUUUAUCGAUGAACACACUACAUGAUGUCAUUGUAAGUCAUUCAUUUUGAGUCAUGUUAUUUAGUAACUUGAUGCACACAGAAGAUUUUAUCCCAGUGUUUAAAUUCUGCAACAUAGCAAAUUAAUUUAUAACAAAUUCAUACAAAAUUCACACUGAUGUAAUAUGAGUGAUUCAGAUGCUGUUGUAUGCUACCAUCAGAAUUUAACUACUGGAAUAUUAAAUCCAGCAUAGCCUAAUCACAAUGUUUCUUAUAUUUAAUUAUCAAUAUCUUCUCUUUAAAGCACUUUUAUUUCUGACUAAAAAUUAAUGUAGUAUAAUAGCACUAAACUUACAAAAAUCCAGAGUGUAUGGAUGGUAGGCAUCUGUGUACUGGUAAAGGAAAAGGAUCAUGUAGUGUAUAGAAGCCUUAUUUACUGGGAUUCCUAAAUUAUUCAUCACUUGAAUAUAUGUGUUUAUAUUGGGAAUCUAACAUUAAUGACAUCUAAUGAGCAUUUCAAAUGUGCACCAUUUUGUUGUAAGGUAAUAAGUAAACCAUGUGUUUGGCAGUUCUGUUAGUUGUUGCCUCUGUCUAUGAAGCAAAGUUUUCACAUGUGGCGCUGUCAUUUAUAGCUUUCAUAUUGUAUCAGCACAGGACUGUAAAGCUUGCAAAAAUAUCAGAUUGGAAAUUCCAGUCAAUUUUAUCCUUUUUAAUGCCUGACAACAGUAAUUUUCACCUUGUUCCUGGAUAGAAUGGCAGAGAUUUAAGAGCUUGAAUAAUAAUGAGUGAAUAAUAAUGAAUAGUAAUAAUAAUGAAUGAAAACCAAGCCACAAAGUUAAUUUCAGCCCUAAUGCAAAUUAUUUGUUUAAACCCUAUUUGAGAACUAAGAUUAUCUUGUUGGCCAGGUAUGAUACGCCCAUGACUCUAUCAAGAUAUUAAUGUUAAACCCUAUGCAGAAUGUUCACAAUCCUAUUUCCGAGCAGGUAAUUUAGAAUGGUAGAAAAUCUUAGAAAUUGCGCCUUUGUUUCCGUUGCUAUAAUUUCAUAAGACUGGUAAAGUUUCCUAUUUCUCAGUUUAACCAUAACAGCUUUACAAAUCCUUUAAUUUUUACAAGAGGUUGUAUAGAUUAGAUUAUUUUCUAUUUUUCUGAAUCUCUCCAGAGCUGCGGUAUCCUUUUUACUGUGU